GCGAAAGCCGCCUCACUCCAACACAUCCCUCCACCCGGAGAAAACAAUACGUAGAGUUUCCAGUGGUAUUUCAACAUUUAUACCUGUAUACCGGUGCCAUUUUCAAACAACAAACGAGUGUCAUGAAUGGAAAACAACUCGAAAGUAUCACAAUUGCAUUUCACAGGUUUCCCAGUUAGCAAGAAGUUAGUCUGGAGCGGUUGAGGAUUAUUUUGUCUGUGCGGCAGCGGAAGAGGACUGCAGAGGGUGUGGGCGUGCGGUGUUCAAGAUGGCGGCGCCCUAUGGAGUGGAUCUGCUCUGAUAGUGGUGCCUGAGGACGGGAUUGGCGGGCGGUCGCGGGACCCCGCCCCGUUAGGGCAGGAAACUGAGAGUGACGACGGUGACCCCUCCCCCCGUCCCCCCCGUCCCCAUCCCCCCCGCCACCGGGACGCCAUGGCUCGGGACCAGCCGAACGUGGGCGACCUCCUUCCGCUGCUGGAAUCCUCGGACCUGCGCCAGCUGGACCAGGUCAAGGCCCUCAUCACCGAGCAGCUGAGUGCAGACCGAGGCUCUGUGCUGCUAAAUGGGCUGGUGGAUUAUUACCUGGAGACCAGCUCCUCCCAGGCCCUGCAGAUCCUGACCUCUGUGAGGGAGCCACACGACAAGCACCUCCUGGACAAGCUGAACGAGUGCCUGUCCAAGCCAGCCAGCCGCCUGCCCACCCUCACCCUCCUGGGCCACGUGGUUCGCAAGCAGCCCUCCUGGAUCCACAGGAUCACCCGCUUCCCCCUGCUCGCCUCGCUGCUCAAAUGCCUCAAGACGGACUCGGACGUGGUGGUCCUCAUAACUGGGGUUCUGGUGCUGAUCACGCUGCUGCCCAUGAUCCCGCAGGCGGGCAGGCAUUACCUGUACGAGUUCUUCGACGUCUUCGGCCGCCUGGCCGCCUGGAACCUGCGGAACCAAGGUCAUGUGACGGAGGUGUUCCUGAUCCACCUGCACGCCAGCGUGUACUCUCUCUUCCACCGGCUGUAUGGCAUGUACCCCUGCAACUUCAUCUCCUACCUGCGCUCCCACUACAGCAUGAAGGAGAACAUGGACGCUUUUCAGGAGGUGGUGAAGCCAAUGCUGGAACAUGUACGGAUUCACCCAGAAUUAGUGACUGGAAACAAGGACCAUGAGCUGGACCCCACCAGGUGGAAGAAGUUUGAGAUCCACGACAUCGUCAUCGAAUGUGCCAAAGUGUCCCUGGACCCCAAAGAGGCUUCAUGUGAGGAGGGCUACUCCGCCCUGCCCGACCACGGCCCCACCCCUCUGCAGCCCCGCCCCCCGGACACCGCCCCCAACCGGGACACCGCUCCCAACCGGGACACCGCCCCCAGCCCCUACGCGGACCUGCAGAGCAGUUAUGGAAGCUCCUCCUCCACCUCCUACUGCGACCCCCGCCAGACCCUACCCCCACUUCUGCCCCCGCUCUCAGGGACACAGCCCCCCCACGACAGCCCCCACGUCCCCCAACGGCAGACACAGAUCCUGAGCUGUGAUGUCACUUCCUCCGGUGUGACGAAUGACCCCAUCUGGAGCCCCUCCUCAAUCUGCGGCAUGGCCACACCCCCCUCCUCUCGGGGCAUCUCCCCCACCAACGCCUCGGAGCUUUCCCAGAGUGCCUCUCACUUCCCCAGCCAUGCCCACGCCAUGCCAGCAGCUGGGAAAGGACCGCCCUCCUCCUGCACCCCUGCCGCCUCUUCACCACACCCCUCCCUCACAGAGGAGCGUCUGCACGCCCUGCUCCCCAACACGGCCAGCCCGCCAAGACGCAAGGGCCGUAGAGCCAGGGAAUCCUGCAAGCCCUGCCUGAAGAGGCAGGAGCCAAUCAGAGAGCUGGAGAGAGGCAGCAGCGCGGACGCAGACAGCCGAGGUGGUGUCUGUGAGGGUGCACGCAUGAACCUGACGGAGGUGUCGGCCUUCGUGAAGAAGCAGGAGCAGGAGCAGCAGCAGCGUGCGGAGACGGAGCGGGAGGAGGCCAUCACCGAGGAGCUGCUGAAGAUCACCCAGGACCAGCGGGACGUCCCGGCCCCGCGGGGCUUCGACUCGCCCUUCUACCGCACCACCGAGACUCUGACGGGUGCCCAGGAGAAGCCCUCGCCCGCCCCCCCGGGCCCUCGCCCCCCCUGCCCGGGACAGGCGCCGUCCGCGCCCGACAGGACGGAGGAGGCGCCCGCGGCCCUCUUCGCCCCCAUCGACCGCCCCGCCCCCGCGGGCCGACCCCCCCGCAGCCCGCCGGCCCCCGAGGAGGAGGGGGGCGCGGCCGCCCCGCCCAAAUACGGCCCCUUCUCCCCCCCCAGCCCCUGCAAGACUCCGCCCCCUGCCUACAGGGACCUGUUCGACCUGGCGCUGCCCAAAGCCGCCUCCCUGUUCGUGGGGCGGCGGACCGCGGAGGCGGCGCGGCGGGCCGGGGAGGGGCGGAGACCGGAGGAGGGGCAGGGGGAGGGGCUUUGGGAGGGGGAGGGGUUUACCACCACCGAGUCCCCCUUGGAGGUGCUGGACCGCCUCAUUCAGCAAGGCAGCGACGUCCACGGCAAGAGAUCACCUUUGCCGAGCAGGUCAGCUGAUUGGAACCAUUUUGGAGCAGGCUCCGCCCCCUGGGACGAGCUGCAGACGCUGCGCAGCCAGCUGCUCCUGCUGCACAGCCAGCUGCUGUACGAGCGCUACAAGAGGGAGCAGCACGCCGUGCGCAACCGCCGCCUGCUGCGCCGCAUCAUCAACGCCACCGCGCUGCAGGAGCACAACAACGCCAUGAAGGACCGGUUGAGCCUGCAGACGGUGGACAUCUCAUCCCUGAGGGACAGCCUGCAGGUGGAGCAGCGGAGGUACCGGCAGCUGUGGGCUGACAGGGAGACGGUGGUGACCUGCCUGCACAACCAGAUACGGCAGCUUCAGCAGGCCCGCGAUGAGUACUACAGCAGGACCCAGGAGCUGCAGAGCAAGCUUCAGGAAUACCAGAAGAGGAUCGGAGAGUUGGAGGCGGAGCUACAGAGGGCCAAUUACAAGGUGUGCCACACGGCACACCAGCUCGACCAGCUGUCCGUCAAGCUGAGCAACGGUGAGAAUGCACAGCAGCAGAUGGCUUUCCUGAACAAGCAGCUGUUGCUCCUGGGGGAGCUCAACAGGCUGUGUGUGGAGGAGAUGCAGCACUCCGGCCAGGACAGCAAGAAGGAGGCGCAGAUGCUGCAGGCCUCCUCGCUGUCAGACCUGGAGAAGCUGCGGCAGGGCCUGGUGCAUUGUGGGCAGGGCCUGGAGGCUGCCCAGCAGCGUGUGGGGGAGCUGGAGUCCCAGCUGGCUAAGAAGGAGCACCUGAUCGCCGAGCAGAAGAAGUUUCUGGAGGACGUGAAGGGUCAGGCCAGGGCGGAGCUCCAGGCCUCAGAGAGCAGGUUUCAGACUCAGAGGAAGCUCACGCAGACCCUGCAGUCUGAGCUGCUCCAGCUGUACAGCCGCCUGGAGACCGAGAGCCCGGACACUGCACCAGGGGGCGCCACCGAGUCCUGCGGUCCCCACAAUGCCAGGCCAGAAGAGGGCAGUAGCUCAGUGUUGGAUGGGCAAGUAAAUGCAGAUGUCCAAGACAACGUGGAUGGGGGUCUGUCCGACUCUCAAAGGAGCAACAGUAGCACUUUAUCACCCGGGAAACCGCAGGCGCCCCCAACGCCAAACUCUGUCAAUGGUCGACGGGAGCACCCCAAACCCCUGCCGGCGUCCCCUCCGUCUCACCUCCCCUCCACGCCCCCCUCCAGGCUGGCCGACGCCCCGCUCGCCGUGGGCUCGGGCCCCAGCGAAAAGAGCUUCCUGGGCAUUCAGGCCCGCGAACUGUUCCGCAACAAGAGCGAGAGCCGGGGCGAGGAGGGGGCGGAGCCUGUGGCCACGCCCCGCCUGUCCGGCCUCUCCCAGGGCCUGAAGACUGAGCUCUGUGUGGAGCCCGCAGGGAGCACCAGCCCUGCCCCCCCCUCCAAGGGCCCCGCUCCCCCCUCAAAGGGCCCUGCCCCCCCCUCCAAGAGCCCCGCCAAGGAGCCACAGGUGGCUGCACAGCAGAGGACCAAGGACAGGCCAGGGGGCGGGGCCAGAGGCAGGGGAGGGACUGUGGGCGGGGCCGGCCAGGCCCAGCAAAGGCAGCCACAGCAGCAGCGAAGGCUGCGAAUCAUGGACUACAACGAAACGCAUCAUGAGCACAGUUAAGGUUGGAGGGCGGGGGGGAGGGGAAGAGAGAGAGAGAGACAGAGAGAGUGAGAGAGAAAGAGACACACCGCAGGACUGGACAUUUUGAAUUCAGUGUUACUGCUACCAUUCCUGGAUUGGAGAACAGAAUUUUAGCAUCAGUUCAUUCACCCAUACAGACAGAGGAAAGCACCACAACCACCACAACUACCCCCCACUGACACACACACAUGCAGACACACGCAUACAAAAUCACACACACCACACACACACACAUACACACUCUCUCACACACAUGCACACACACGCACACUCACACACAUGCACACACUCUCUCACACACACAACAUGCACACACACACACAAACCACUUUGUUCCGGUGAGUCUGGUUCUUUAGACUUCACCCAGUAUGGGUGUGGCAUAACAGGGCUGCAAUAGCACACUGUCACCAGCAGGGGGAGUAAAGGCUCACACUCAACAGCACCAAUAGCGCUGCUGUCCAUUCAGUGAGAUCUCUUUUCACACAGAUUAAUGCUAUGGUUUUAUUUAUUUGCUUCUUCAAAUUCUGACUACUCCAAAAGAAAGAAGCGCCUGCAGUUAUGGAACACUAAGCAUGUUUAGGACCCUGGUGCAAAUACGUUUUACUGAAUUUGGCAGGGUGUGUUGGGAUGCUCGCAGGGGGUGUACUUUCGCCAGUCAGGACUGGUCAGGAACAGCUGUGGUGUGGAGUGUGAUGUAACAGGAAGUGAGGUAUGGAAGCAGGGGCGGUUUUUUAAUACGCCUGGAAGUAAAGGCAGGAAUUUGGGCAGCGUGCGACAAAGCCUGGGAGAAUGAAACGGGGUUGAGACGGACUGCGGAGUGUCUGCGCGUUAGCCUUAGCGCGUUAGCGCUGAACCAAAAUUAAGCAGCUGUGCUUAUUUACAGGCCUGGCUGGCUUCCAGUUUGGUACCACUUAGUCGAUCUGUCCCAGUCUGUCUACCCUGUUUUAUUAAUGAGGAAACGCACAGUAUUACAGACAGGAAGUAGAAGCCUGUGAUAAACAAGAAAGCAGGAAGUGAGACUGUGUCCUGGUGUCAAGGUCUGGGGCAGCCGGACCAUUUUAAUUUGAGGUUGCAUUUUUAAGGUAUUUAUUAUUUUUGCACUACCCCCACCCCCUCAGCACCAAGAGCUUUUUUUUACUGCAGGGAAAAGCUGUACAGGUCCUCAUCAGUGUGAAAUUCUCAAAGGAUUGACUGUUUUUGACCGAAAAUAGUUUUUAUGUUUUUUUCUUUACCACUAACCCCGCUAAAAAUUAGAGGGGUUUGGGAUUAAACGGAUUGGACGUGGAAAUGUCACAUGACCGGGAAGUGGCCCUUUCCGUCGUCAUGCACACCAUGUUCUAGAAAACACAAACCCGUUCAUAUCCAUCUGAAGGUUGACGUUACGCAAUAAUCGGUCGUGAUGCCCUCAAGUCAUCCCUGCCAGACGGGGGCGCUGUAGGAAGCUUGUGUGAUUUUUACUGCAGGAUGGCAGUACCUAUAAAACAUAGAAGCAGCAAUAAUGAGCAUAGCCGUUUGCUUGUUUAACAUCAUGCUUCGGGGCCAAAGUUUCCCCCUUUACCUUUACAAAGUCAUUAUGUGUGGGCUUGAUGCUUUUCUUCCAGCAAACAAUGAGUACUCAUCUGUGAUUGGUCCAAAUGUUUUCACAUUGGGAGAUUGGCCAAUCAGAGGAGAAAGAGUAUUGCACAUGUGAGAAAGUGACCCACUGCUCACCCCAGGGUCAUGCAACGUUGGUCAUGUUUCCCUGCAGUAUUGAACUACAUUACCCAGAGAGCCUGUGUUUCGUCUCUGUGGCUCCAGCGCACUGCCUCUAAACAUGGCUGUGUGUUUUGUAGGCUUUGCAUUUUGCCAAAAUGACCCCACCCUGAGGAAAGACGGUUUGCUGGUUUAUGUGCUGAAAAUUGUCUCUCUUUGCCAUCGUGAGAUGAUCAGUUUAUCAAGGAAAGUGCUUUUAAUUCCUUACCUUUUCAGAAAGAAUGUCUGUUUCAUUUCUGUACUCUGGACAUUGUGCUUGCCAAGGUUUGAGGGAAACAAGCGUACAUCUGUUUGCAAUGUAUUCAGAUGCGUUCUUAUACACAGCACCUUUACCUCUGCCUAUUGACCUUUGCCCUUAGCUGAUUCGUUGAAUGCCCAUAGAAUCCACUUGUGGUCUGAACUGAUUGAGCUGAUUAAGUUGAUUUGUUAACAGAAAAAAAAGGUUUGCCCUUAAGUGUUUACAGUCACCUUCUGUCAAUCAAAUUUUGCCCCACCCCUACGUGAUGACUUGUUCAGCCAGAAUGUAGUAUGGUUUGUGUUGUUCUCUAAUUGCUCUUCUGUUUCAGCAAUACAUUUUAUUAGUUUCAGGUAUUCACAUUGAUAUGUAUGGUUAAGGAGUAUGCAUUUUUGGACUGAAAGCUGAGUUGUUGUUUUUUCCAUUUAACUUUCCAAAUGAUACAAAUCCUGUUGAUCGCUGAAAGCCGUUUUUCUGUUCGCCUUGCUGUCAUAAGCAUGUACAACAAUCCCAUGUUUAAAUGCCAAUAAUAGGAUUUACGAAGAACUGAGGUAACUACUGUACGGUACAAUCAGUGCAAGCUGAAAUCGGAGGAAUUGGAGGGGUGGACUCUUGGAGGGGUUUGGAGCAGGAGGUUCUGAAAACCGAUGAAAAAGGAAGUUCUUUAAAGCAGCUGCUUGUGUUUAACUGUGAACAAUAAAAAUAAAAAUGGUCUUCAAUGUUUUGCACUACA